UCCUUUGCACCUCUGCCAGGUUGCCCGACCGUAGGGAGAACCCAGGGAAGCAUCCCCGAGUCUGGGAAAAAUGGAGAUCAUCGACACAAGUACAAUUCAGCAGGAGAGACUCCAGGCUAUAGCGGAGAAGAGGAAGCGCCAAACCGAGAUUGAAAAUAAGCGGCGGCAGCUAGAAGAUGACAGGCGCCAAUUACAGCAUUUAAAGUCAAAGACCCUGCGGGAAAGAUGGCUGCUGGAAGGCGCUCCUUCGUCCACAGCAGAAGACGGCGAGGCCAUGAAGAAGCAGAUGCAGGAGGACGAUUUGAAGGCCAAGGAACUGGAAGACAGCAUCCAGAGGUUGGAGAAGGACCUGGAGCAACUGGAAAAUGGCAUCUCGGCAUCUUCCACCAAAGAGAACAUGGCCGAUGAGACCAGGGUGGGAACCAAGGAAGAGAAGCUUCCACACACGCCGAAGACACCUCUCGGCUCAGCCAAAGCAGACAACAAAGUCUCCAACAGUCCCAUGAAAGUGGUGGAAAGCGGCAUGAUGAAGGCAGCUAUGUACUCUGUGGAGAUCACUGUGGAGAAGGAUAAACUCACGGGGGAGACCAAGGUCCUAUCCAGCACCACUAGACUUCCCAAAGACCACUCAGUUCAGGGGGUCAAAGUGUACGAGGACGAGAUGAAAGUGGUCCAUGCCGUCCGUGCUGAGGACGGGGCUCUGGAGAACGGCCUCCACCAGCUCAGCUCCUCUGAGGUGGAUGAGCUGAUCCAAAGGGCCGACGAGGUCACCCUGAGCGAAGCCAGGGAAGAGGCCAAGAGCAGCGCCCCUAGUCAGAAGACCACGCCCCGGAAGGAGAUCACCGGGGUCCAGGCGAAACCGGUGGAGAGCCCAAAGCUCCUGGCCUCAGGCGACGGCCCGGAACCCAGCAAGGAGCAACCGGUCACCAUGAUCUUCAUGGGCUACCAGAACGUGGAAGACGAGAAUGAGACGAAGAAAGUGUUGGGCCUCGAGGGAACCAUCAAGGCGGAGCUGGUCAUGAUCGAAGACGCCGAGAACAAGGCGGCGGGGCCGGCGGAUUGCACGGGGAAAGACCCCGGCCCGCCCAACGGCAGCGCGAGGGAGCCCGUGACGGCCCUGCCUGCGAAGGAAGAGAACCAAGCCGGGGAGCAGCCGUGCGCCAACGACACCGACCCCAAAGAGGCAGACCAGGAUCUCGCCGUGAAGAAGCAGCGUUGUAAAUGCUGCUCCGUCAUGUAAGAGGGCCCUGCCUGGAGUCCCGCCCUCCACUGCACAGCCAAUCAGGACUGCCUUUCCCCCAUCACUCCCCCCCCCCGGACACCUUGGCCCCGCCUCCUCAGUUCCCCUCUAAGUUCUACAG